UUCCCCAUCCCCAGCUGCGAAAGUUCCUGGCAGGUUAUCUCAACUGGUUUCUCUCUAUGGCUGCCCAGGGAUUCAGAGCUAGGAAGAAACUCUUGUGGCGGCUGAUCCUGUCUGCACUAGGCCUCUUGGGCCUCUAUGGAUAUGGACACCCUAUGCUCAGGUACCUGGAAGCCUUCAUUCCCAUGGGCAUCUGCCCCACAGACAUAAUGCCUCUGCUGAGAGACAACUUCACAGGUGACCUGCGCCACUGGGCCCGGCCUGAAGUCCUGACCUGUACCUCCUGGGGAGCCCCCAUUAUUUGGGAUGAUACCUUCGACCCAGAUGUAGCCCAGCAAGAGGCUAGAAGGCAAAAUCUCACCAUUGGGCUGACUGUCUUUGCUGUAGGCAGGUACCUGGAGAAGUACCUGAAGCAGUUCCUGGAGACAGCGGAGCAGCACUUCAUGGUGGGCCAGCGCGUGGUGUACUAUAUAUUCACGGAGCGGCCGGAAGCAGUGCCCCACGUGGCAAUGGGCGUCGGUCGCCAGCUGAGAGUGGAACGCGUGGUGCGCGAGAGGCGCUGGCAAGACGUGUCCAUGGCGCGCAUGCGCACACUGCACGAGGCGCUAGGCGGGCGGCUGGGUAGGGAGACUGACUACGUGUUCUGCCUGGACGUGGACCAGCACUUCGUCGGCCACUUCGGCCCCGAGGCGCUGUCCGAUUUGGUGGCGCAGCUUCACGCCUGGCACUACCGCUGGCCGCGGUGGCUGCUGCCCUACGAGCGGAACGCACGUUCUGCUGCCGCGCUCUUCUCCGGGGAGGGCGACUUCUAUUACCACGCGGCGGUGUUCGGGGGCAGCGUGGCGGCGCUGCGCCAGCUGACGGCCCACUGUGUGCUUGGCCUGCAGCAGGACCAGGAGCGCGGCAUCGAGGCGCUGUGGCACGACGAGAGCCACCUCAACAAGUUCUUCUGGCUGCACAAGCCCACCAAGUUGCUGUCACCCGAGUUCUGCUGGGCUCAGGAAAUCGGUUGGAGGACAGAGAUUCACCACCCUCGCCUGCUCUGGGCACCCAAGGAGUACGCACUGGUAUCAAGAUUCCUGAGACCUGGACAGUGACCUGAGUCACAACUACCGUGCCGGCAGUAUCUGAGACUAAAGGCUUGACUGCUGCCUGGAACUUUCCCAGUGACCAGGGCCUGCGGCUUGUCUUCUCUGGGUCACCACAGCCAUCUUUUCUUCUUCAGCGCCAGCUCUCCAUCCUCUUUGCCUCUGUUGUCCCUCUUGUUCCUACCCUGGCCUCUCUCUUCAACUGUUCUUUCUGGCUCAGGCAGCCAGCUGGCUCAGCAGCCGGGCCACAGACCCAGUCAGUUCUGCCUCUCCACGGCCAAGAAAUAAGCUGCCCUGCCGGUUGCAGCUUGGCCUGCCAACUGCUCCGCUGCCACUGCCUCUACUUUCUUCAUGUCGCCAGUUCAGCCCUUGCUACUAAACAGGCAAGAAAAGGCCUCUCAAGAGAAGCCUUUUAUUGGCCUAAUGAUGCGAAACCAGGGGAAGCGGCACAGGACAGCUGGAUCACUCAGGGAGUCAGUCAGCACCUGCUGAUGUAGCCAGAGAAGGAAUGAUUGAACUAAUCACAGCCUUACCUCUUUACACCACUUAAACCAGCCGCUUCUGCUGGGUGGCCGUGGGAAGUGCUCCCCUCUGAGGCCUGGGUAGAGUUCACAGAGCCUUUGACAGCAAAGUCUGGUACAAACUGUCUCAGCCAACCCUCCUUAAGGCCACGCCUUCAGGAGUCAGGGCAAUGAGCUGUGAUUGUUAUGCAGUUUUCUCAGGGUGUCCAUGGAGUGUUCCAGAUGACUGGUGCUGGCCUAAUGAUGGGCUGGCUUGAGGCACCCAGGCAGCAAGGGAGACUCUGACAGCUGCUAAUUUGAGAGCCAAGUUGCCCCGUCCCCUAGUCUUUGCUUAUUUAUAGGACACCAGACAUCAGAAGGAAAUGUUUACAGUAAGAGCUCAAAGAACUUGGACUGGAGAGAUGGCUCAGCAGUUAAAAGCACUAGCUGUUCUUGCAAAGGACCCAGGUUCAAUUCCCACAUGGUGGCUAACAACCAUCCGUAACUCCAGUUCCAGGGGAAUUCAACACUCUCUUCUGACCUCCCUGGGCAUUGCAUGACAUACAUGCAGGUAAUAUACUCAUACACAUAAAAAAAGAUAAAAUAUAUUUUAAAAAGAACUGGAGGAACUUAUUGUUCACACUAAUAAUUAUUUGAACAGAUUUCCAGCAAUGCCUAAUACCAUUCAGCAUCCCAGGAAGAAGUAGGUCCCCUCCUCUAGCUCCCUUUCACCCCUGACCUUCCUAAAUUUAGCUAGUGCCUCUUGAACUGAUGUUUUAGCCCAGCUUUCCUGCUCUUUAAAAUAAGUCUGAGACACAGAGAGAGACCAUAACUGCCCAGACAAGGGAUCUACUGGAGGUCUUAAUGAUAUCAGCAGCUGGAGCAUGAGGACGUGUCCCUCCAGCCCUGUCCAGCUCCCUUCAGAAGUGGAUCACUGAGAGAAAACAGCAGGCUUUCCAGUCAGUGGCUCUGCCUUGUUAUCUUCCCUGUCUGUAAGCAUAGCUUGUGCGUAUUUGAGUAAUAUUAUAAUAAAUAAGUCAU